AUGCCGCUUCUUCCCAACUUCCGGCCCAAGCACCAGCGGCUGAUUCUCCAGUGUUACCCGUCCAAGAAGCUGUCAUUGAACGAGACGAAACCCAACAACGCGGAGCUUAGUUACCUGUUGUACUAUGCUUCAACAAGACGGACAAAGCUCGAGAAGGUGGGGAACUUUUUGCUGAAAAAGACCAAGCUGGACGUCUCGCACAGCCGGAUCGGCCAUAUCAAGGUGACUCUGUUCAUUUUGCAGGAAUUGAUCACCAAAUGUUCCGACGAUUUGGGGAUCUUGUCCAGCUAUAUCAUAGACAUUUUAACGUUGGUGGUGCAACUGAAGGAGUUGUCGUCCACACAGCUCGGAUUGACCAUCUUUGCACAUUUCUGCGAUAAGAUCCAGCAAAACCAGAAACAGAUCUUGUCCAGCAGCUCGGAGUUGCUCAGACACUUCCUCAACCUCGCCUCGACGUAUCUGAAUCUGGGAGCAAACACCAGCGACGCCAAUUGGUCCAAAGUGUCGCUCGAGGCCACCCACUCGGUUUCCAAGUAUCUCGACCCCAACAUCAGCAAUUUCGGUAACGCCAAACUGAUAGAGAAGUCCAUUUUCCUGAUUCUUGACAAGGCAGAUAAAAACGACAAUUCGCUCACCCUGAUCAAAACUCUCACGGGACCCGACGUGCACGCGCAGAACGCCUCGAUCGAGCAGCUGGCCAUCUACUCUCUCAAGCUGUUUUUCGACACAAACGCAAAGAAACAGGUCGAUCUUACCACCAAGGCGUUGGUCAAGUACGUGGUGACUCACUCUGUCGAGAUCAGCUGGUUCAACAGACUUAUCGAGGCGUGUGCCAAGAAAACACACAUCGACCUUAGAUACCGAAUCGUGUCGAUGUUCAUCCUCGAGCUCAACGCCAGCAAAGACCCGGAGUCCAGAGAAACCAUAGCAUAUUUGAUUUCCAACCUGUUAUCGUCCGAGGACGUCAACAUGGUGGGAUUACCAGUCAAGGAGAUUCUGAGCGACGUGGUGCGUUUCCAGAAAGAGUCGGUGUUCGCCAAAGACGCCUCGUCGCUCAACAACGGAUACAUCGAGAUCGUCCGCAGUCUCGGCACCCAUAUCUACUACAACGACCAGAUCAACGACAUGAUCCAGGAGGUGCUGAGCAUCUACUACCAAUCGGUCAAUUCCACAGAUUUGUUCACCAGGUCGUCCGAGUUUGUCGAGUUCUCCGACCUCAUCAUCUCCGACGUGGAAGGCAUCUUCCAGAGCACCCACGGCGACAGUCUCAUCGACUACAAGCGCGCUCCGUACCGCGUCAACAUCUUCAAUUACCUGUACUAUACGUUGGACUUCAAAAACGUUGCAUCGUUUGUGAGUCCGCAGGACAAGGCCUUGGUUCAGGAGAAGUGGUUCCAGUUGGUGGAGUCGUUCUACUCGUUGGAGGCAGACCGGAAGCUGUUUUCCAAGCCGAACCACGAGAGCUGCAUCACCAACAAGACCGAGCAGUCGACUCUUUUGCUUUUCAGCCUGAUAGAAACCGUCUCGAGCAACGAAACGGCCAGUUUGAACGUCGCGAUCGCCAAGCUGCUGGCCCAGAUGGUGGACACCAUGCGGGUCAACUUCGUGGUCACCUACGUCAGCUACACGAGCCGGUGGUUUGCGUCGCCCGAGGACUACAAGUUUUCGCUUAACUGGCUGGUUUUGCAACAGAUAGCCCAAACUUACAGCUUGAAAGAGCUGGCCACCGUGGCCUCGGGUAAGAUCGCGGCUCUCCAAGCGGCCGGUCUGUGGUACGAGCCCUUCGGCCAGCAAACCAGUGCAGAUGCGUCCGCAUCCACCGAAAAGGACUACGGUCUCUCCUCGCGCGAGACGAUCGACCUGCUCUCGACAGACCAGGAACUGAAAACAUGGCUCAGCGCGGCCGGCUACGAGGAGUCGAGCCCGGGAAAACCGCCCGUGGUGAUCAGAAGCUCGCCCAAGAUCUUCCUGGGCCACUCCACCACGGCGACCGACUCGCUGCUGAACCACUCGUCGUCGUCGAUCGUGCUGCCGUUCGAAUCGUCGCCCCGGUCUGCAAACGGGUCCAUCAACAACGUGUCGCUGCUUAAUUACUCCACGGCGCGGUCCAUUGCCUCGUCGCGCGUGCACUCGAACUCGACCCAUCUCAGAGACUUGCGGUCGAUCGUCUCGGGUAACAGCACCGGCCCGUCCACCAAAGAUAGCCUGUCAAAACUCGCAGCUACCAACUCGAGCCAGAAAAAAAGCGGCCUAGCCUACUGCAUCACCGACCUCGACCUGAGCGACGACUCGGACAUCGAGUACAACGACGCCCAGACCGAGCAGAUCGACCAGGUCGACCACAAACUACUGGCUACAUAG